GCGGGGCAGAGGACGAGCCAGAGCAGUCAGUCACACCCCCACAGCCCAUCUGAUGCUCCACUCGUCCACCAAUUAAAGCACUGGACCACAGAAGAGAGUGGCAGAAAAAGAGCGGAGGGACUAUUUUUUCGUCUUUUGAGGCCUUUAACUUUAGAAAAAGUCCCAUUACCCCCUGCUGAGAGCUCGCGUGGGGAGGAGGACCCACGCAAGACAGGGGAGACACGUACACACACACACACGAGGCGAGUGGCAGUGAGAAAGAAAAGUUGAACAGACUCCACCCAGAAACAAGUCAGCGAACCGAGAGACAGCCGACACCAUAAAAAUGAGUGGUUCCCACCCCCGGCUCCACCAGAGCGCCGCGCCCGCUCCCAACGCUCUCUCCACGGAUAAGGACGCAGAGAUGCCCGCCACGGAGAAAGACCUGGCCGAGGACGCCCCGUGGAAGAAGAUCCAGCAAAACACAUUCACUCGCUGGUGCAACGAGCACUUGAAAUGCGUCAACAAGCGCAUCGGCAACUUGCAGACGGACCUCAGCGAUGGGCUGCGACUCAUCGGGCUUCUGGAGGUCCUGUCCCAGAAGAAGAUGUUCAGAAAGUACAACCAGAGGCCCACCUUCCGCCAGAUGCAGCUGGAGAACGUGUCCGUGGCCUUGGAGUUCCUGGACAAGGAGAAUAUCAAGCUUGUGUCCAUAGACUCUAAAGCCAUCGUUGAUGGGAAUCUGAAGCUCAUCCUUGGUCUGAUCUGGACCUUGAUCCUGCACUACUCCAUCUCCAUGCCCAUGUGGGAUGAGGAGGAAGAGGCAGAUGACGGCAAGCAAAAGACCCCCAAGCAGAGAUUGUUGGGAUGGAUCCAGAACAAACUGCCCGAGCUUCCCAUCACCAACUUCAACCGGGACUGGCAGACUGGUCGGGCUCUGGGAGCUCUGGUUGACAGCUGUGCUCCAGGUCUGUGUCCUGACUGGGACCAGUGGGAUCAGACUAAACCAGUGGACAAUGCCCGUGAGGCCAUGCAGCAAGCUGAUGACUGGCUGGGUAUACCACAGGUUAUAACCCCCGAGGAAAUUGUGGACCCCAAUGUGGAUGAGCAUUCAGUCAUGACUUACCUGUCCCAGUUCCCGAAGGCUAAACUGAAGCCUGGUGCACCACUACGACCCAAACUCAACCCCAAGAAAGCUCGUGCUUAUGGGCCAGGCAUCGAGCCGGUUGGCAAUGUUGUGAUGAAGAAAGCUGUAUUCACUGUGGAGACAAUCAGUGCAGGAAUGGGAGAAGUGCUAGUUUACGUGGAGGACCCUGCAGGACACAGAGAGGAGGCCAAAGUGACUGCUAACAACGACAAGAAUCGCACAUACUCUGUCUUCUAUGUCCCUAAAGUCACAGGCACACACAAGGUGACCGUGUUGUUCGCAGGACAGCACAUCUCCAAAAGCCCCUUCGAGGUGGAGAUUGGCAUGGCUCAGGGAGACUCCAGCAAGGCCACAGCCCAAGGACCCGGCUUGGAGCCCACGGGGAACAUUGCCAACAAGUCCACUUACUUUGACACCUACACGGCAGGUGCAGGUGUGGGUGAGGUGGAGGUUGUGAUCAUGGACCCUGCAGGGAAGAAGAACACGGUAACCUGCAACAUUGAGGACAAGGGCAACAGUAGCUACCGCUGCACCUACAAACCAACCCAGGAGGGCCAACAUACCAUCUACGUCACCUUCGCUGGUGGUCAGAUCAGUAAAAGUCCCUUCACAGUCAACAUUGGGGAAGCAUGCAAUCCCAGCCUCUGCAAAGCUAAGGGCCGUGGUCUGCAGCCAAAGGGCUUGAGGAUAAAGGAGACUGCAGACUUUAGGGUUUAUACCAAAGGAGCCGGCACUGGAGAACUUAAAGUCACUAUUAAGGGGCCCAAGGGCCUUGAGGAGCCUUGUAAAAGGAAAGAUUUGGGAGAUGGUGUGUAUGGAUUUGAGUAUUACCCAACCACUCCUGGAACAUAUUCCAUCACCAUCACCUGGGGAGGACAGCACAUCCCCCGCAGUCCCAUUGAAGUCAAAAUUGGCCCUGAGGCUGGCCAGCAGAAGGUGAGGGCUUGGGGUCCAGGCCUAGAGGGCGGUGUGAUUGGCAAGUCUGCUGACUUUGUAGUGGAGGCUGUUGGAGACAACGUUGGCACACUGGGUUUCUCUGUGGAAGGACCAUCUCAAGCCAAGAUUGAAUGUGACGACAAGGGCGAUGGUUCUUGUGAUGUGCGCUACUGGCCCACAGAGCCUGGCGAGUAUGCGGUACAUGUGCUCUGCAACAAUGAGGACAUUCAGCACUCCCCAUUCAUGGCCGAAAUUGUCAACCCUCCUGGCAAAGACUUCUUUCCUGACAAGGUUAAGGCGUAUGGUCCCGGUCUUCAAAGCAGUGGUUUGGCUGUUGGUAAGCCUACUGAGUUCACAGUGGAUGCCAAGCAGGGUGGAAAAGCUCCUUUGAAAAUUGUGGCACAGGAUGGGGAAGGCACGCCUCUGGAUGUGCAUGUUAAAGAUCAUGGCAACGGCACCUACACCUGUACUUACACACCACGCAGACCUUUAAAACACACUGUCAUGGUCUCCUGGGGAGGCGUCAACAUCCCUGACAGCCCUUUUAGGAUGAACGUUGGGGCAGGCUGUCACCCAAACAAGGUCAAGGUAUCAGGACCCGGGGUGGCCAAGACCGGUCUUAAGGCCUUUGAGCCAACAUAUUUCACUGUUGACUGUGCUGAGGCAGGUCAAGGUGACAUAAGCAUAGGAAUUAAGUGCGCCCCUGGCGUGGUGGGACCUGCAGAGGCCGACAUCGACUUUGACAUUAUUCGGAAUGAUAAUGAUACAUUCACUGUCAAAUACACCCCUCCUGGAGCAGGCAGCUACACCAUCAUGGUUCUGUUUGCUGACCAAGCUAUUCCAAUGACGCCUAUCAGGGUAAAGGUGGAUCCUGCUCAUGAUGCCAGUAAAGUCAAGGCAGAAGGACCAGGACUCAGCCGCAGUGGUGUUGAAUUACACAAGCCCACUCAUUUCACCGUAAACACUAAAGGAGCAGGAAAAGCAAACCUUGACUGCAACUUCAGCGGCCCCAUCAAAGCAGAGGCUGUGAAGGACUUUGAAAUUAUUAACAACCACGACAACACACACACUGUGAAAUACACUCCUGUGCAGCAGGGUCCUCUGGGGCUUGCUGUGACCUAUGGUGGUGAUCAUAUACCCAAGAGCCCUUUCAGUGUUGCUGUAGCAUCUGCACUGGACCUCAGCAAGAUCAACGUCACAGGGCUGGGGGACAAGAUGACCGUAGGCAAGGACCAAGAGGUGAAUGUAAAAUCAAAGGGUGCUGGAGGUCAGGGCAAAGUGGCAGCCAAGGUGACCGCACCCUCAGGAAAGCCAGUGGCCAGCAAGGUGGAGCCCGGGCUGAGCCCAGAAACCAGUCAAGUGAAGUUUAUUCCACGAGAGGCAGGGCCAUACCAGGUUGAACUGACUUAUGAUGGAGUCCAGAUCCCUGGAUCACCUUUCACCCCCAUAGCUUACCCUGCCACAGACCCCUCCAAGGUGCGCUGCUCUGGCCCGGGCUUGGAGCGUGCCAAGGUUGGGGAGACAGGGGAGUUCAUCGUAGACUGUACCAAUGCUGGCCCAGCUGAACUGACCAUAGAGAUUAUUUCUGACAGUGGAACAGAGGCUGAAGUUCAUAUACAGGAUAACGGCGAUGGCACUUACACCAUCACCUACAUUCCCCUCUAUCCCGGAUCCUACACUCUGACCAUCCGCUAUGGGGGCCAGGAUGUGCCCAAUUUCCCAGCUCAGCUCACUGUGGAACCAGCCAUUGAUGCCAGUGGAAUCCGUGUGUUUGGACCAGGAGUGGAAGGCACAGGCAUUUUCCGUGAAGCCACCACAGACUUCACAGUGGAUGCACGAGCUCUCACUCUGUCCGGAGGUGACCACAUCAAAACUCUAAUCAGCAACCCAUCUGGCAGCCGCACUGACAGCCUGAUCACUGACCUUGGGGAUGGAACCUACAAUGUAGAGUACACUCCCUAUGAGGAGGGCCCGCACAGUGUGGAGGUCUGCUAUGACGGCACUCCGGUGCCCAAGAGCCCAUUCCGUGUUGCCGUCACCGAAGGCUGCGAUCCUGCUCGAGUGCGUGUUCAUGGUCCUGGCCUGAAGAGUGGCACUACCAACAAACCCAAUAAGUUCACAGUGGAGACACGGGGAGCAGGUACUGGUGGUCUUGGGUUGGCGAUGGAAGGUCCGUCAGAGGCCAAAAUGUCCUGCACUGAUAACAAAGACGGUAGCUGCAGUGUUGAGUACGUCCCCUAUGAGCCAGGGACAUACAAUCUCAACAUUACUUACGGAGGACAGCCCAUCAAUGGAAGUCCUUUCUCAGUGCCAGUCAAUGACACAGUGGACAGUUCCAAGGUGAAAUGCCAAGGUCCAGGGCUGGGCAAUAAUGUCAGGGCUAAUAUUCCUCAGGCCUUCACAGUGGAUGCCUCCAAAGCUGGAGUAGCUCCACUGCAGGUUCGCGUGCAGGGACCCAAAGGUGUGGUGGAACCUGCCGAAAUUUUGGAUAAUGGCGACCAAACUCAUACAGUCAACUAUAUUCCUACUAGAGAGGGUCCGUAUUCCAUUAACGUCUUAUAUGCUGAUGAAGAGAUCCCACGCAGCCCCUAUAAGGUGAAGGUGCUUCCCACCCACGAUGCCAGUAAAGUACGUGCUAGUGGACCUGGUCUCAACACCACAGGUGUGCCUGCCUCUCUGCCUGUGGAGUUCACCAUUGAUGCCAAAGAUGCAGGAGAGGGACUGUUAGCUGUCCAGAUCACUGACCCAGAAGGAAAACCAAAGAAGGCAAAUAUCCGUGACAACCAUGACGGAACCUAUCUGGUGUCAUAUGUUCCCGACAUGACGGGCAGAUACACCAUCUUGAUUAAAUACGGAGGAGACGAGAUCCCAUAUUCACCAUAUCGCAUCCGGGCCCUACCCACAGGAGAUGCCAGCAAAUGCACUGUCACAGUGUCAAUCGGCGGUCACGGUUUAGGUGCCGGUGUUGGCCCAACCAUCCAGAUCGGUGAACAGACGGUCAUUACAGUGGAUGCUAAAGCUGCUGGGAAAGGCAAGGUGACCUGCAGCGUGUGCACACCAGAGGGAGCAGAACUGGACGUAGAUGUUGUAGAAAAUGAGGACGGAACAUUCGACAUUUUUUACACGGCACCACAGCCUGGCGAGUAUGUCAUCUGUGUCCGUUUUGGAGGGGAGCACAUCCCCAACAGUCCCUUCCAAGUCACGGCACUGGAGGGAGCUCCAUCAGACCAGCUCAUGCAGCAGAGCCAAUUGCCCCAGUACUACGCUCAACAGCCCUGGGCAACAGACAGGCCAUUGGGAAUGAAUGGUCUGGAUGUGACUGGGCUCCGUCCAUUUGAUCUCGUCAUCCCAUUCACCAUUCAGAAGGGAGAGAUCACAGGUGAGGUCAGAAUGCCGUCAGGCAAAGUUGCCAAACCUGACAUCACAGACAACAAGGACGGCACAGUUACCGUCAAGUACGCUCCAAUUGAGGCGGGGCUACAUGAGAUGGACAUAAAAUAUGAUGGCAUUCACAUCCCUGGAAGUCCCUUACAGUUUUAUGUGGACUACAUGAACAGUGGUAAUGUAAGUGCCUAUGGUCCUGGCCUCAUUCAUGGCACCGUCAACAAGCCUGCGGUCUUCACUGUCAACACGAAAGAUGCUGGAGAGGGUGGACUGUCUCUGGCUAUUGAGGGGCCAUCCAAGGCAGACAUCAGCUGCGUGGACAACCAGGAUGGGACAUGCACUGUGUCCUACCUGCCUGUCCUGCCUGGAGACUACAGCAUCCUUGUCAAAUACAAUGACAAGCAUAUUCCUGGCAGCCCCUUCUCUGCAAGGAUUACAGGCGAUGACUCCAUGAGAAUGUCCCAUCUGAAGGUUGGAUCAGCUGCUGACAUUCCUCUGGAUAUUGGAGAGCUCGACCUGAGCCAGCUGACUGCCUCACUCACCACGCCUUGUGGUCGUGAGGAACCUUGCCUCCUCAAGAUGCUGCGGAAUGGCCACGUUGGCAUAUCAUUUGUUCCAAAGGAGAUUGGAGAGCAUCUGGUGAACAUAAAGAAGAAUGGUCGCCACAUUCCCAGCAGCCCCAUCGCUGUCAUGAUUAAGCAAUCAGAGAUCGGAGACGCCAGUCGCGUUCAUGUUAGCGGCCAGGGGCUGAGUGAGGCCAGGACCUUUGAGCCUGCGGAGUUCAUCAUUGACACUCGGGAUGCAGGUUACGGUGGCCUAAGCUUAUCCAUUGAGGGACCCAGCAAAGUGGACAUCAACACAGAGGACCAGGAUGACGGCACCUGUAAGGUCACAUACUGCCCCACUGAACCUGGAAAUUACAUCAUCAACAUCAAGUUUGCUGACCAACACAUUCCGGGGAGCGCAUUCACAGUAAAGGUUACAGGGGAGGGCAGGAUGAAGGAGAGCAUUACCAGGAAGAAGAGAGCAGCAUCAGUGGCCAAUGUUGGCAGCCAGUGUGACCUCAGCCUCAAGAUCCCAGAGAUCAGCAUCGCUGAUAUGACAGCACAGGUGACCAGUCCCUCUGGUCAGGUUCACCAGGCUGACAUAAUGGAGGGAGAGAACAACACCUACUGCAUCCGUUUCGUCCCCACCGAGACAGGCGUCCACACAGUAUGUGUAAAAUACAACGGUAUGCACGUGCCCGGCAGCCCAUUCCAGUUUACUGUUGGCCCCCUUGGAGAGGGAGGGGCACAUAAGGUCCGUGCUGGAGGGCCGGGACUGGAGAGAGCAGAGGCUGGAGUACCAGCUGAAUUCAGCAUCUGGACAAGGGAGGCUGGCGCUGGAGGGCUCAGUAUUGCCGUAGAGGGACCGAGCAAGGCCGAAAUUGCAUUUGAGGACCGUAAGGAUGGAUCCAGUGGAGUGUCUUAUAUUGUGCAGGAACCAGGAGACUAUGAGGUGUCGAUCCGUUUCAAUGACGAGCACAUCCCUGACAGCCCCUUCAUCGUUCCAGUGGCCUCGCCUUCAGAUGACGCCCGACGCCUCACUGUUGCCAGUCUUCAGGAAUCUGGCUUGAAGGUGAACCAGCCAGCAUCAUUUGCAGUCAGCCUGAAUGGAGCAAAGGGUGUGAUUGAUGCAAAGGUUCACAGCCCCUCAGGGGCUCUGGAGGAGUGUUGUGUCACUGAAAUUGACCAAGAUAAAUACGCAGUGCGCUUCAUCCCAAGAGAGAAUGGUCUCUAUCUAAUUGACGUGAAGUUCAAUGGAAGUCACAUCCCUGGCAGUCCAUUUAAGAUCCGUGUUGGAGAGACAGGGCAGGCUGGAGACCCUGGGAUGGUGUCGGCCUAUGGACCAGGAUUAGAAGGAGGCAGCACAGGAACGGCCUGUGAAUUUGUGGUCAACACAAGCAACGCAGGCCCAGGGGCUUUGGCUGUAACCAUCGACGGUCCCUCCAAAGUGAAGAUGGACUGUGUGGAGUGUUCUGAGGGCUACAAGGUCACAUACACCCCUAUGGCACCUGGCAGUUAUCUCAUAUCUAUCAAAUACGGCGGACCCUACCACAUUGUGGGAAGCCCCUUCAAAGCAAAGAUCACCGGUUCCAAGCUUGUUUCCAGCCACAGUAUGCAUGAAACCUCCUCUGUCAUGGUCGACCCUGUGACACGUGCCAUCAGCUCCACACAGCAGGGUGCUCCUACCAAAUCAGAUGCCAGUAAGGUGGCGGCUAAAGGCCUGGGGCUCACCAAAGGCUUCGUUGGUCAGAAGAACAGCUUCACUGUUGACUGCAGCAAAGCAGGUCGUAACAUGUUGCUGGUUGGGGUGGAUGGCCCCAAAGUCCCCUGUGAGGAGAUCCUGGUGAAACAUUUGGGUAACCGCCUGUAUAACGUCAGCUACCAGCUCAAAGACAAAGGAGAGUACAUCCUGGUGGUCAAAUGGGGGAAUGAUCACAUUCCCGGCAGCCCCUUCCAUAUCAUAGUCUAAGAAGAAAAAAAACCUGCACCACAAUCAGCAACUUCUCUUACCACUGUAAUUGUUGUUUACAGCUCCAAGUCCCAUGCACGCUGCCCGUGUAUCCAAUACCAUCUCCCAAAGAUGCAAAUAUUCCUUUGUUUUCAGCCGUAGAAUCCAUGUUCUCACAUAUUUCAAACAAGGAAAGUCUUGGGAGGAGGAUAACGCACCUUUUUGUAAUGAUUGUAAACUAGACAGUUAAUUUAGCCUUGUGAUUUUUGCAUUUUCAGCCAUGGGCUCAGUCCUAUCAGUACGUUAUGGACCCCACCAAGCCAAACCCCAUAUGGAAAUUGACAGUUUAUAUGAACAAUCGAGUACGGAUGUGCCUGUUUUAAGGAAACAUGUAAGACCUACACAUGUCACCAUUUUGGCGUAACAUCUCUCCUUGUCCAUAUAAAAUGUGAUUAGCUCAUCUAGAUAAUAAACGGGGGUUGUUUGUAGCAGUAGUGAUUGGAAGAUGCCCCCUCCACUUACUAUGUGUUGUCCAUGAUGCUUUUUGACUAACAGUUGUUUUACCUGCUGAUAGUGUGACUGUUCAAAAAAUUGUUAUGCGCGUUAGACUAGAUAAUAAGUUUAAAUAAAAGCAGGGGCAGCAUUACGUGAACGGUUAACACGCUUCGCUGUAGUUAACUUUUGUCACAAGCUUGCGCACAACACACCAAUGCUUUUGUGUUGUUUUUUUUUUUUCCAUGUGUGAUGAUCGAUUCUGUAAAACAUGCCUUAACCUGACAUGGUCUUUGUGUUGGGACACUUUGCGAGCAUUUCUUUUCAAAAGGGAAGUUUCUAAAACGAUGCUGGACAAAAGGGCUAAAGAUGAUGUUGUGGUUCAUCACAUCUUUCCAAGACUGACCAAAAAAAAAUAGAAAAAAAGAACAUGUUGCUUUUCGUCAGUGUUUGUAUUUCACCAUUUUGAACUGCCUCCCAUUCCAUCCCCUUUCUUCUCUCAGCUCUGUCUCCACAAAAAAAAUCUUGUCCUAAAUAAUGCUUUAAAUGUAUUUGUAAGACAGUAUUUUGAUACACAAUAAACGUUGUCUAGUAUUUUUCUGUUA